UUGCUGGCAAAAGUAUCUUGGGAGAAUAAAAAUAAAUCCACCAUUCAGUUUGAUCAGAGACUACCUUGAGUGAGGAGUGUAAAUUGUUCAGCCCUCAAAAAAUAAAUAAACCGCCGGCUUAUUGGAAAUUGUGAAGAAAAUUAUUUAAUAAAAGAAAAAAAAAACGCAUAACUACCUAUUGAUAAAAAAAUAGCAACUAAAACAACCAAGUGUGACCAGUGAAUAAAUAAAGCUGUCUGCGCAUUUUAUAAGAAACCUUUUUUUAAAACAAUAAUUUCAAUACUGCAACAUUGCCCUUAUAAACGGCCUUAAUUAUGGAUAAAACAUUCCUUUCAUUUUUGUCUGGACAAACAACAAAAGAGUCCGCCUUAUCUACAGCUAUGCCACAGACAAUGGAUCAUCUGUAUGGCAAUAAAUCAGCUACGAUGGCCUCAAAUGGACUCAGAGAUAAUAACAUCAACAUAAACAACAAAACACACAAUUUACAAAAUGGGAAGGGAAAGGAUGCGGAUAGAUACUUUUACAUAUUAUGGCAUUCGUAAAUCUCUUGUAAAACCUAUGGCCAGUAUCCUUUCAUGAAUCGUCCACUUCACCAUUUCUUACAUCUAUUACUUCAGCAUUUACUUUACCUCUAGCUUAAGCUAUUUACUACUUUUUUCGUAGUAAUAUUUUAUAUACAUAUAUUAUAUAUAUAUAUAUAUACAUAUUUCACUAAUACUUAAUCUCUAUGCUUAACACAUAUUUUGAAUAUAAUUACUGUUUGUCAUUAAUACGUCCGGUGAUAUUAAAAAUUUAAGUUUUAUAAAUUUCCAUAUCGGCUAAUUGGCGUCCGCCGUAAUCCAUAGAUAAUCCAUUAUAGAACGCCAGACCAGCAGAUUGAGACAAGCUGACUGAUUGAAUGGAUGCCUUUAUUAUAUUUUGUAUAUAUUUUUGGUUUUUAUUUUUUCUGAUCUUUGGUCCAAUGGUAUUCUUUGUCUGUGUACAUUUGCCAGAGGUCUCUGUGCAAUAUGUAAGAAAAUUACGUUUUUAAUAACAUUUUUUUUUUUUUUAAUAUAUAUUUAAAAAA